CAGCCAGACGAGCAGUCCUUUACUCUAGCGAGAGCAACCGCAGUUACUGAGAAGCCAUUGCUCGUUGCACUCUGGCUGCCGUGCUUGUGCAGCGCUUUCUAAAGAACUCGAAAAGGGGACAUCCGAUCCCUUGCUGAGCCACCAGACUGGCGGCGUCGACAGAAGAAUCGACUCCGAGACGUCGGAUCGAUGCCAUGGAGGCGGGUAGGAAUUCGCGGAUCAAAACUCAUCAUGACCUACUCCACAGCAGAGAUUUCCAAUGCUGCUGCUGCGUUCAUGUUCGCACAGGAACCAUCGCUUCCGGACUGUUCCAUGUCAUGAUGCAGAUGGCCGCUGUGGCCAUCCUGGCCACAGCAAUCCUCAACCCGGACGCUCUGAUCCCACCGAAGACAGCGGUGGUGCAGACGAGCAUGGAUCUGGAUCAAAACUACAUGGAAAUCCAUCGGGAUACCAUAAUUGAGAUAUCGAAGGUGGUCAUGGCUCCGAAGAAGAAUCUCGUCUCGUCGUUGUUGUUGAACAUCCUCUUCGGAUUCAUCGCCAUGCUCGUUGUAUAUGGAGCCUUUUGGGGACAGCCACCGUAUAUUCUCCCGUUUUUCGCGUAUCUUUGCUUCGAUUUCGCUAUCGCAAUGCUCGAUCUGAUCGGCAGCUUCGCUGAACACCACACUUCCCCGCACAGCCGAGAGCCUCCUCUGCACGGUUUCCAUCUCAUGAUGGCGGUGAUCUUCAAGGCUUACCUGCUAAACAUGGUUUGGUCGUGCUACAAAUACCUCCGACUCCGUCAAGAACUGUUGCGCAAUCCCCCGGUAGCAAUUUCGAACCAGCCUACCAUGGCGCAUCGUCCCGCGACCAUGGAGGCUAGCCAGUUGCUACCCGAUUACGAAGCUACGCAGAAGUAUCCGUACAACUUCUACACUGCACCGCCGCCGCCCUAUCAGAUGGCGACGCAGAUGCCGACCAUCGACCAGGUGCAAGCGCCACCGCCGUCAUAUGAUGACGUCGCAGGCACCUCUCGGCAGGUCGAUCUGCCUCCGGAGACCGAGGUACUCGAAGGAGCGGUUGGCGGUGCUGUAGGAGGACCCGUUGAUGUCCAAGGCUGUGGACAACCGUCAUACAGUGCGGUCAGAACGGAUGGGUCGAGUGGUCCGCGAGAGCCUCACCCAGCUUCGGAAUCGGCGGCGCAGAGUAGCGACAGAUCGAGAGAGGAUUAAUCCCGUGCGUGCUGUUUCGAAAUUUCUCCUAGGGGCUCGGUUAUGGCGAUCGUGGAAUCAGCGAAAGCAAUCUUGAGUGAAUCAGAAUUCUCUAACGGGAACGUUCACUUGCUCACCCGUCAAUUUUCUAAAUCCUCUGGAUGUCGGUAUGCUUCUGUUUGAUCGCGUCGGUCGGCCAGCUGUGAUAGGAUCAGCGGUUUUUUAUGCGAACAGCGAGAGUGUUCACUCCUGUGUCUUAUCGUUUUCGUCCCUCACUUGCGUUCUUUUGGUGUUCCUUGAUCUUACAAUCAAUGCUUCAGGCUCUCAGAGAAUUGUACACAUGCAUUCAGAUCCGAGUCUCUGUCCUCGCGUAAUGAACACGUUAGAAUCUCGCUUGUUCCACGCUGGAAAAUGUUGCCGUUCAUAAUUACCUACUGUUAAGAUGUACGUGGUUGAAUCAACGCGGAAGAAGCCCGACGAUGCUGAAAGACGGCAAGUCGACGAGAUCGCGCUCCAGAGCCUCGCGAGCCGAGGUCCGCGCUCCAAUGACCCCUGGGUGGUUUCAAGAUAUGCGGUCACCCAGGAAUAAUGAGUCUGAUUCGAGAGAAAAAAAAUUGCGCCGCUUGCGAUCCCCAUCGCGGUUGAGAUACCAAAAGAAUCCAAUACUGCAGAGUCUGCGAACUGCACGCCUAAUUCUUGGAAAUUCCUCGGGGAAGGGAAAGGGGUGGGUCCCGUUCAAUCGGCUUUUGUCGAAGGCUACUUAUUCGAUGAGCAUAGGAGAGAAGAAAGAAAGAAAAAAGAGAAAAUCUCCGAUUUCGAAUAAAAUAUUUUGUUUGUACCUA